AUAUCGACUCCCCAUGGCCCUUCGACCUGCUUCGCGUCUGCUUCAAAAAUUUGCCUUACCAAAACAUGUUCCCUUUAUGUCGAUGGCACACUUCACAUUUUUUCCAGAAGAUGCACCUUCUGAGCUCGGAAAGACAGAGAAAACUAACCUUUUUCAAGCAGUAAACAGUGCGAUGAGUAUAGCAUUAACUAGGGACCCAACCACAAUCGUUUUCGGCGAGGAUAUUGCAUUCGGCGGAGUUUUUCGUUGUACUGUUGGAUUGAAAGAUAAAUUUGGCCGCGAUAGAGUUUUCAAUACUCCCUUAUCAGAACAGGGCAUUGUUGGUUUUGCAAUCGGUGCUGCUAGUGCGGGGGCGACAACCAUAGCUGAAAUUCAAUUUGGAGACUAUAUUUACCCCGCAUUUGAUCAAAUAGUUAAUGAAGCAGCUAAAUUCAGAUACAGAUCAGGAAAUAUUUUUGAUUGUGGGCGCUUAACGAUUAGGGCUCCCGUUGGUGCGGUUGGCCACGGCGCUCUUUACCACUCACAAAGUCCCGAAGGUUUCUUUGCUCAUUGUCCUGGUCUC